ACUAUUCUACGUGUUUAUUAUACGUAUACCAGCCUGCAGCUGGAGGAAGGAAACUAACGUACUAACGCGUAACGUUAGGUCGCUUUGCUGAGCACUCAGCAGUCUUUUGCCAUGUUUGCUGUCGCAAAUCUCGCCUGACCUGUUUAUUUGGUGGACCGUAUGACAUAUUAGACAUGCCGGUCCCUAGCAGAGAAGAUCUUGCCCAGGCUGAGCCUGAAGUAGCCCGGAAACUCUUUCGAUCAGGAAAAUUCUUCAAGGAGAGUACCUCAGGAAUGUGCCAAGGUCGAGUACAGACCAAUUUGCUAGCACUGGACAAGUCACUGGCGGAGGACUUUGCCAAGUUCUGUGCUGCCAACUCGGGUCCCCUGCCUGUCCUAUUUCAAUCCGAGGUCGGCCAGUUCACUGCUCCAGGUCUAACUCAAACGGAUUCCGAUGUCAGAACAGAUCUGCCAGCGUACAACAUCAUUGAAAAUGGGGAAGUAACCCACACCGUCAAGAACAUCAUGGGUUUCAAGGAGUUCCUUCGGGACUAUGUCUUCUUCUAUCAAGGUUGCAGCUUCACCUUUGACCAAUCUUUUCUGGCUGCAGGCGUGCCCCUGAGAAAUCUGGAACACAAUACCCGUAUCAGUGUAUUCACGACCAGUGUAAAGUGCCAUCCUGUCGGGCCAUUCAAAUGCCAGAUGGACAUGUCUAUGAGACCAAUCCCACGUGAUCUGGUGGAGAAGGCCUUCAAAGUGACCCUCCCUUUGACCAAAUACCACGGCGCACCUGUGCAUAUCGGUGAUCCGGCGCUGAUUGGGGUACCAGACGUAAACAAGCCUGACUACCUGGAUCCUACGGUUUUUGAGGAAGGAGACAUCCCUGUCUUCUGGGCCUGUGGCGUUACUGUAGUGGAAGCUGUCAAGGCUGCAAAGCCUUCUCUAGCAUUCAGCCAUUUCCCAGGGAACAUGUACAUUGCAGACGCACCUUUUCAGAGCCAAGAUGACUCCCCAGCUGACGUUAAAGUAGUCACACUCUGCGAGAAGCCUUACUGGGCCAGUGUAACAUCCGAGGCUGUCGUGAAAAAAAUCAAGCAGCUGGAGGGCUUCAUUGCCGAGGACUUAGGUAAGAGGCAAAUUGGCAAUCUUCUUGUCCCCGACGAUCUCCUGAAGUCCGUCCUGGCCCUGUCCCAUGCUUCAUCGGUUGCCUUGACAACUGGUUUCCCUUGCUUUGUGAAUAACAAGAACCCCUAUGAGGAUGACGGGCCGCCUGGUGCUAUUGCCAUAGCGAUGAUGCUACAAGCACUCGGCAAGAAGGUUGACCUGGUGGUGGAUAAGACGCUGUAUGAACCCCUGACCACGGUACUGGAAGCCUUAGUGGAACAAAAGGUGUUGGCACGCCCCAUAUCCGUGGUUCAGUUUCCACCAGAAGGGGAACAGGACACCCUGGAGACGGCCAAGAAGUUCCUCCUGAAGGCUGGCACCACCGCCCCACGCUACGAUCACCUUCUGGCAAUUGAGAGGGCAGGGAAGGCAGAGGACGGGGGCUACUACACCAUGAAGGCCAUUGAUGUAGGACGUCUUGUCGGUGGCAUUGAUUGGCUGUUCCAGGCAGCUGCUGAGAUGCCCACCGUUCAUACAUCAGGUAUUGGGGACGGCGGAAACGAGCUCGGCAUGGGUAAAGUCAGAGAUAUUGUCCAUCGCGACAUCCCUCGAGGCCAAACCAUUGCCUGCUCCGUGGCCUCCGACUUCCUCAUGACCGCUGGGGUGUCCAACUGGGGUGGCUAUGCUGUGGCUGUGGGCCUGUACCUGGUCAGUACUUGCCCUAUCCAUGAGAGGUACAGGAGAAGGGCUGUUGGGUUUCCCCCAAGUGACGAGGAGCGACAGAGGUUCAGAAGUGCUCUCCCAGAUGUUGAUAGGGAGAGGCAGAUGUUGCAGAUCCUGAUCAGCCACGAGUUCUUUGAUAUGACAGGAACAGACGUGCUACACGUUGAUGGCCUGUCCUUCGAUGAUGUCCACGUCAAGAAGAUCGAGCAACUCCUCAGCGUUAUUGGUGAAGAGUAGAAAGAACGGAAGUCAUGCUUGCACGAAGUGUG